UACCGGCUGAUGGCAGAAAUGGGGAGCUGGCGCCUGCGUAUGACAGCGUUGGUUUUCUAACUGCGGCCUUUUAAAAAGAAAGGCUUCUUCAGCGGCACCGCCUUUCAGUGAUGUCAGCCCGGCGUCACUAAAUUCGCGUCGUUGCAGCGGGAUGGUGCGCAUUAGAGGAGGGAGGAAGAUCUAUGAGUCCGACGGUAACAUUACGAUCCCAACUACGGAAUAGGCCGGGGAAGGCUGUUCCUUACUUCGGAAGGUGAGGCGCGCAUGCGCUUGGGAAGGUCGUGGUACCAGGAGCCUGAACAGGAGGAAGUGAGAUUCGUUGCCGCUAAGCAAGUAGCUCAAAAAUGGAAGACUCCUUUAUGGAUGAAGAAGAGGAUUGCCCAGAAUUGAUUCCCAUAAAGGAGCAGGAAAUUAAGGACAGUGCAAGGAGAGAUGUUCAACUCAGUGAGGCUGAUAAGAUUCCUGUUACUAUUAUCACUGGAUAUUUAGGAGCAGGAAAAACCACUCUUCUCAACUAUAUUCUGACAGAACAACAUAACAAGAGAAUAGCUGUUAUCCUGAAUGAGUUUGGUGAAGGAAGUGCAUUGGAAAAAUCUUUGGCUGUAAGUCAAGGUGGAGAACUCUAUGAAGAAUGGCUGGAGCUCAGAAACGGUUGCCUCUGCUGUUCUGUAAAGGACAAUGGCUUGAAGGCUAUUGAGAAUCUAAUGCAUAAGAAAGGAAAGUUUGACUAUAUUCUGCUAGAGACAACUGGUUUGGCUGAUCCAGGUGCUGUUGCCUCCAUGUUCUGGGUUGAUGCUGAAUUAGGGAGUGACAUUUAUCUUGAUGGUAUUGUCUCUGUUGUUGAUGCAAAGUAUGGACUACAGCAUCUGAGAGAAGAAAAACCCAGUGGACUUAUCAAUGAAGCUGCAAGACAGAUUGCACUAGCGGAUCUUAUCAUCAUCAAUAAGACAGAUUUGGUUCCACAAGAAGCACUGGUGAAACUGAGAGCAGCUGUCAGGUCAAUAAAUGGACUUGUCAAAAGUAUAGAAACUCAAAGAUCAAGAGUUGAUCUUUCUGAUGUGUUGGACCUGCAUGCUUUUGACAGAAUCUCAGGGAAAAGUUUGCAACAGAAGCUGCAGCUUCAAGAUGCAUCGCAACCACACCUAGAUAAGAGUAUUGUCACAUCCACAUUUGAAGUUCAAGGAAGCACAACUGAAGAAGACCUAAAUGAGUUUGUUCAAAACUUGCUGUGGGAGAAGACUUUGAAAGACAAGAGAGGUAACCCCAUGGAAGUCAUAAGACUCAAGGGAUUGGUUUCUAUCAAAGAUAAACCUCAUCAAGUGAUAGUCCAAGGUAUUCAUGAGCUGUAUGAUCUAGAAGACACCACCGUGAGUUGGAAAAAGGAGGAUGAACGAACAAAUAGAUUAGUGUUAAUAGGUAGGAACUUGGAUAAAGAUAUCCUUCAGGAUGCCUUUAUAGGUAUUGUGACAAAGAGAGAAGAAAAUGGUUGAUGCUGCCUUCCGAACAGUUGGUUAUCAAUACUACAUGAUUUUAAAAUUGAAAAAUCCUGGACUGUAUUUUCCUUUUUAAUGGCUGUCUACAGUUCUCUACAGCUGAACAUACUUGCUUUUAUUUCCUAAAAUAAAAUUAGUA